AUGAUCAUGUUGAAGAUCACUUUGAUUUUUCUUUUGUCCUGCAUUUAUUGUCACGCUGGGAGGCCAGGAGAAAACCAAGGCGAGACGUAUAUUAGAUGGGGGAAAACGUCAUGUCCAGAGGAGUCCAGUCUUGUUUAUGAUGGAUAUGCUGCUGGUAAACACUACAACAAAGGUGGGUCCGGAUCGAAUCUUCUAUGUUUACCAAAGAAUCCUGAAUGGAAAGAUUAUACAAACGGAGAGAACAGAUGGAGUGGGAAACUAUAUGGUGUCGAAUAUGGAAUCCUUCAACAUAAGCCAUAUCCAUACUCUUUUCACAAUAAAGAUACUCCAUGUGCUGUAUGCCAGUCUACAAGAUCUACAGUUUUAAUGGUACCUGGUAAAGUAACAUGUUAUACUGGAUGGCAUAAGGAAUUUUCCGGAUAUCUUAUGUCGCAGAUAAGUACAAAUGGUCGUAUGCCAUCAGAAUACGUCUGUGUUGACGAGAAGCUUGAAUAUGUGCCUGGUGGAGAUUCAGAUGACAACCAGGCUAUCUUGUAUACAGUGGAAGCCAUGUGUGGAAGUUUGAAAUGUCCACCGUACGUUAAUGGCAGAGAGCUUACUUGCGUUGUCUGCUCCAAAUAAG